ACAGCCAGAUCUGUGUCUUUGCUCAAGCCGAAGAAGUGGGCACAGAGAGAGAGGGAGAGAAAGAGGCAGGGAGAAAGAGAGAGAGAGAGAGAGUCGAGCGAGCACGCCGCGCGAACUUGGCGGAAACUUAAGAGAAUGCGCCAAAAGCCCACGCUUCUCCUGCUGCUGGCGGUUGCUGCUGCUGCUACUUCUGCAUCCUAUGAACCUGAGCAGAAUGACUCCUCCGUCAGCUCCAGGAAGGUCAGGCUGGCAGCCCAAAACUCAGCGGAUGUGGUUCGGUGUCUAAAUAGUGCCCUCCAAGUGGGAUGUGGGGCUUUUGCCUGUCUGGAAAACUCUACGUGUGACACGGGUGGCAUGUAUGACAUCUGCCAAUCUUUCCUCUACAGCGCUGCUAAAUUUGACACUCAGGGGAAGGCCUUUGUAAAGGAGAGUCUGAAAUGCAUUGCCAACGGCGUCACAUCCAAGGUGUUCCUGGCCAUUCGCCGAUGUUCCACAUUCCAGCGGAUGAUUUCUGAAGUGCAGGAGGAAUGCUAUAGCAAGCUGGACAUCUGUGCUGUUGCAAAAAGGAAUCCAGACGCCAUCACAGAAGUGGUCCAACUCCCGACCCAAUUCUCAAACAGGUAUUACAGCAAACUUAUGAGAAGUUUGCUGGAAUGCGAUGAAGAAACAGUCGGGACCAUUAAAGACAGUUUGAUGGCCAAAAUUGGACCAAACAUGGCCAACCUAUUCCAUCUCCUGCAGACAGAUCGCUGCGGACAGAAUCAUCCGAGAGCAGAUUUCAAUCGGAGACACAUUGUGGAACCUCAAAAGUUAAAAAUCUAUUUGAGGAAUCUCCGGGGGGAGGGACCUUCACCAGCCCACGUGAAACGUGAUUCUUCAGAAAGUGUGUAACGUUCCACUGAUUGAGUAGAGAAUCCCAGUUGUACCAAACUAAGAAAUUGCUCUUUUUUUUUUCUUUUGCAUUCACAAUACACCAGAAAUGUACUGUAACUGACUUCUAAGGACAUUGAGCCAAUCUAUACAUUCAAACAAACAAAGGAAAAGGGCAUGGUAUUGUUUUUCUGGGACUGUACCACUUAAAAGGUUGAGGUGGGGAAAACUGCCUAUUUAAAGCUUAAUGUUGCAAAUGUAGUCAUGCUUAAAUAGUUCUUUCAGCAGUCUAAAAUAUUUCAUGAGGACCUCCUUUAAUUGGGAAAGAAUAGGAAGAAUCUAGUUCUUCUCCUCUGCCAUUAAUCAUAAUAUAUUCUGAAGUGGUACAGUCAGGAAUAAUUGGUUCUCCAUGGUUUUUUUUAAUGGAAGUAUAGAUUGGUCCUUGGUCCUCGGCUAUAGAGUUUUUACUUCUCAUCCCCCGGUCCCGCUUCACCCUUCAAACAAACUGUAUGAAAAUAGAAUUCUGGUUAGAACUGUGUAAAAUUUCAUCAUGGAAUGGUGGAUCCCUUGAUCUGCCCCCAACGGAUCGAAUGAAUAUAAGCUUUUGUGGAAAGAUUGUAAGAGCACUUCAGCAAACACCAAACUUUCCUUGUACUGUAGCUCAAGCGACUUGACAGUCAGAUAGUGUAGAUAUAGCUCUGCUUAUCCUAAGUGGAAGACAAGAAUGGGGGAGUCUAAAACAAAGUAAAAGAAGAAUUUUUUUUUAAAAAAAGAAGUAUUCCGUAGGUCUCAUUGGACCACUGAUACGAAUGGUACUGUUUCAUAGGCAAAUAUCAGUGUCCUAUCUAGGCUCUGAAUCUCACUGCUGCAAGGUUUAAUUGCCUCACUUUUGAGAGUUCCUGAGAUGACUGUUUUUAAUCAACAUUGACCUCAUCAAAUUCUGGCCAUAAAAGAGGGUCUUACAGCAAAUGAACAGUUUAUCUUGGAUCACUUGGAAUGUUCUCCCGUCCUUUCCAAUUAAGUGAAGAAACAAAACCUUUUUGCUAGCCUGAGAACUGAGCCAACAAACAGUUCUUGAACUUUUCUAACAACUACACC